AUGCUCCCCUCGCUUCUCGUCGCACCACUCCUGGCCGUUGUUGCCCUCGCCGCACCAAGCCCCGACCUUGAGGACCGCGCCGUCAAGUCUUGCACGCUCAAGACCACGACCGCCGUCAAAUAUCGAAAGUGCGCCAGCACGAGCUGCACCGCUGUUGGGCAGUACGCGAAGGGGGCGAAGGUGAAGGUCUCUUGCGUUAAGUCUGGCCAGUCCAUCAAGGGCGAGACACUUCAGGCUUCGUCUACCCUAAGCGAUCGAGAUCCGCUAGCUUUCUUCGCUACCUGGCAGCUUACCAUCGUCCGUCCUUUUGCUUUGCUAGCUAGGACGCCUCCCUUCGUUUGUGGGAUCGACCUACGCGACUGCCUGAGAUGUCUGAAGGCCUCCUCUUGCUUAUUACAGUGGAGCCUGCAACACAGCGGUUACGAGAACGGCAUGGACGUGGAUAGGUAG